GCCCGCUUCAUUCCGAUCGAAGUGGUGUCCACGAUCAUUUUGUCCUUUACCUCGUAGCCUCUUUAUAUUGUCCUGCAAUCUUGGCUCUCGAAGGCUAAUCAUAUAAGUAUGAGCGUGCUACGCCCGUUUCGAGCGACCGACAUGUUCAAGUUCAAUAACAUCAACUUGGACAUUUGGACAGAGACAUACGGAAUUAGCUUCUAUUUGACCUACCUUUCAAGGUGGCCAGACCUCUGUUGUGUGCAGGAGGCACCAAAUGGGCAUAUGAUGGGCUACGUUAUUGGAAAGGCUGAGGGGCAUGGUCAAGAUUGGCAUGGUCACGUCACCGCCUUGACAGUUGCACCCGAAUAUCGACGCCUCUCGCUGGCUCGCAAAAUGAUGAGUCUCCUCGAGAUGGUCUCAGACGAGACUUACAAAGGCUUUUUCGUCGACCUCUAUGUUCGAUGUACGAACAGCGUGGCGAUAAGCAUGUACGAGGGUCUAGGGUAUAGCGUAUAUAGGAGGGUCAGGGAGUAUUAUGGGAGCUUAGGUCUGGGCAGAGCGUCGAAGGACGAAGAGGAUGCAUUUGACAUGAGAAAACCACUUUCACGAGAUCCUCACCGUCGGUCAGUACGAGCGAACGGCAGAGAAUUUGUCGUAAGCGCACACGACGUAUCAUAGAGUCAAUUGUUUUUCCUUUGUCUCGUACUGUACUACUUCUUCCUAUACAGGUACAUUGCUCACCUGCGUUAGGUGUUAGGCGUGGUUUCUUCUUUCCUGAAACUUCCCCAUAUUAGAACGUCAAAGCUCGGCUCCUCGCUACUUCUUCACAGUCUCUCUUCGGUUCCUCAUAGUCGCCUUGAACUCAGCAUCAUAUAUCUGCGUUGUCAGCACUUGUCACGACAUUUGGGAGCACGCUGGCCAACUGAGGUGCUUCAUGUCUUCCAUCCAUAUUUGCAGAUUUGCCCAAAGGUCUGAUAUUCGUUUACGUUGCUAAUACACAGUACAUUGGAGCCCUAAUAUUCCC